UCUCUCUCCUCCUCAUAUUUGACCCACACAUUCUAAUUCCCUCUCCCUCUCUCUUACGUACCUAUUAUUAUAACUCAAAAAUGUUAAAAUAUAAACACAAAAUAAUAAUAAAAUAUUAGCAUAAUGUGUCUCACAUUCACCGCUUCUCAUGCUCAUAUUCUUCACUUCACCUUCCCAAAUUGCUAAUUCAACAUUGCCUUAACACCUACACUACAUCCUCUCUUUAUUCUUAUUCUUAUUAUUAUAAUUUUAACUUAAACCUAUAUAAAUAAAUAAACCCUUUUUUCAUAAUGAGGCCCAGUUCUUUAAUUUUGCUUGCUUUAUCCAAGAGAGAGCCAAAAAGACAAAGCAGUACUCUUAUGUAUCUCUGGCUAAGGAAAUCCAAAGAAACAUCUCUUCUUGGGUCUGCAGAGAACUAAUUCCCAUCUGCACUUUUUUUUUAUAGCAUUAAUAAUACUUUAUGGAGAGAAGUAUACUUAUAUAAAUUUAAAUAAUUUGUAGGGCUUCUUUUGGGAACCCUUAUAACCAUAUAUAUUGUUUUUCUUUUCUUUAUUCCCUGCCAUUUUUGUUGCUUCUUGGCCAAAAUAUAUUGUCUCUGAAAUCCAAUAUUAAUUUUUUCUUUUCUCGAGGAUUGGGAAAAAUUCUUCUUGGUUCUCUCUUCUUGUUCUAUCCUUCUCAUUUCUAAACCAUUCUCUUAGUUUAGUCAGUACUAAAGGAACAUAUAUCUAUUUACCUCUGUACUUAAUCCGGCCUGCACAGUCUUUCUGACCCUUUUGCCAUCAUAACUGGUAGUGUAUACAUACAAACAUACAUAUAUAUAAUAUAUAUAAGCACUUGUCCAUAUACUCGUUGAAAUUACUUAUAAUUAAAAAAAGAAAGGAAAAAAGAAGCAGAAAUGGAAGCUGGGAAAGUGUAAAAGCAUAGACAAUUGAGUGUGUGAAGUUGGAAGAUAUAUAUAUAUAUAUAUCUAAAGAGUUUGAGAAAAUGUCUGCAAAGCUCAUAUAUUCGUUAUCAGAUGAAAACCCAGAUCUGCAAAAGCAAAUUGGGUGCAUGAAUGGAUUUUUUCAACUCUUUGACCGUCACCGUUACCUUGCUGCCGGACGAGUCAAUAGCCAUAGCCAGAAGAGAUUGCCUCCGCCAGGUGAAAAUGGCAACAAAGCAGCAGAAACAGACGUUAAAUUGGAAAAGACUUCAGAAAAGAAUGCAAAGAAAGUAGUUAAAGAGAAACGACGGAACUCCACAGAAUCACCAAGAGUUUCAAUUUCUUCCUCUUGUUCGUCUACCUUCUCAUCUGUUCACCAAGAACCAUCUCAAUCCAUCCAAGCAAAUCUUGUUGAAACCCCAUCGAGCGAUCUGCCUGCGAACCAGCUGAAUGGUUCUGCGCAGUUAAGCCGGAAAUCUCUUGAUCUACGAGAUGUUGUUAAAGACUCAAUGCACAGAGAAGCUCGCGGCUUAUUGGUGAAAACUACAACCAAGGAAGCAGCGUUUCAUACUCUGAGAUACAUAGACUCCCCUAGACCUUCAGAACCAGCCAAAUCUGUCAAACCAGCAAUUGCUGGUUUUAAUGAAUCGUUUCGAGUUUUUGGUAGGCGGAGUAGUAGUGAAGGGCCUAGGAAUUCUUACGAAGGGAGGGAUGAUCGUGCUCUUUGUCGACCAAAGGAUUUAAGAAGGCUCUCUUAUGACGGAAGAGAAUCACAGGACACACUCAAAUCCACAGGAAAGUUCAAAGAACUUCCGAGGCUGUCACUUGACAGUAGACAAAGCAGCAUAAGGGGUUUGAACUCUGAGACGAAAUCAGCUUAUCUCUUAAAUGAUCCUCGAAUGGAGAAAAGGAAUUGUGUCGAAGUGACUACCCUGCAGCAAGAACCAGGGAGUUCAAAACGAGCAUCUAGUGUUGUAGCAAAGUUGAUGGGAUUGGUAGAGCCAAUGCCAAUUACUGAUGAUCUCUCUUCAAGGCACAAUACAUUGGAAAAUGAAAAAAGUGAUCCCUUUUCAAUAUCAUCAAGAGCGACCCACACAAACAAGCAUGAUCAUUUUUCUGGAUCCCCAAAGAAUUCCCAGAAGGACCUGACCUCCCAGAUAAGAAAUGGUGGCUCUGCAGCAAAGAUCGCAGCAAAUCAGAAAAUUCCAAUGGAAACAGCUCCAUGGAGGCAACCACAUGGGAACAAGGGUUCUCAACCUCCAGCUUUCAAGUGUUACGAAUCACCCACAAAGGCCCCAACCGCACCAUUGACAGUCUAUGGUGAAAUUGAGAAAAGGUUGGCAGAUCUUGAGUUCAAAAAAUCUGGAAAAGAUCUCAGAGCUCUUAAACAGAUACUUGAAGCAAUGCAGAAGACAAAAGACACCUUAGACAGUAAGAAAGGUCAAAAAAUUCUGUCUGGAGCAAGCGACAAUGGAAGUGAUCAUAGCUCAAACUUGGGCAGUGGCCAGAGAAACCUACAAAGUAAUACCUCAUUUUCUCCAACUGCCAAAGGGUCUAGAUCUCCACAACAUUAUAACUCCCCGAUAGUCCUCAUAAAACCAACUAAACUUCUAGGAAAAAACACCCCUCCAGCCUGCAACAUCAAUUCAGUUGACAGCUUGCAGGACUCGAGCAAGUUUCGUACCAGUAACUCUGCAGAUCACAGAAAGGUAUCUGUUGAGAAACAAACGAAACAUUUAAAUCCAAGGAACACGCAAGUCACAAAUGCCUUGAAUCGACACCAUUCUUCCCAAGAUAAAAAUAACACGAUGACAUCAAGAUCUCCACAGAAUUCAAAGAUGACUCACAGUGACAGUGAAGAAAACAGCACAAGCUCAGGUAGAAGCUCUGGAGCCAUGAGCCCUAGAUUACAACAAAGGAGGUUUGGUUUGGACAAACAGUCUGCUCCGGCAAGCCCUGAUUCAAGCAGGACAAGAAGGCAAUGCAGCAGGCAACCAAUUGAAUGCAGUAGCCCAGGUAGAAAAUGCACGCCAAAGCCUUCCAAUAUGCAGCGAGCUAAUGGCCAAUUACGUGACACCAGGACCAACAGCAGAGACUUGAGUCACCAAGACAUCACCAUUUCUCUUCAAUCUGAAAGUAGUAUCAGCUUGGCCUCAGAUGUAGACAAUGAAGUCACGAGCAUCAUACAAGCUGAUAAGAUAAACAACAUCUACUGCGAGCGCAAUGGCCUAAAACCAAAAAACACAGCUGCUGGGUUCCCUGUAAACAGGACAAUGACAGGAACAGAGAAAGCUACCUCAGAACAACCAAGCCCUGUCUCCGUUCUUGAUGCAUUCUAUAGAGAUGAGUCGCCAUCCCCAGUGAAGAAGAAGUCAAAUGCCUUUAAAGAUGAUGAGACACCAUACCCUGAUGAACUGGACUGGGAGCUGAUGCAUAUAUAUCAGCCAUCCAACGACAGAAAAUUUAAUCUCAGCUCGGAAGUUGACUAUAAAACACUAGUAUACAUCUGGGCUCAAACUAAACAAGAGAUGAACUGCACUGACCUGGAGCGAAUCAUUGCCAAUAAUGCAGUUGUCUGUGAUAGCACAAAUCCAGACCACAUAUACAUUUCUGAUAUAUUGUCAGCAUCAAAUGUCUUCAAAAAAUUUGAGUCAGACUGGAUGGACAUUCAAUUCAACUCAUCAUACCACAUGAUCAACCCCAACAUGUUCUUUGCAUUGGAACAACUCAAGUCUAGAACACAGCUUUCGCACAAUGAACACAGAAAUGAUAAGAGUCAACUGCAGAAAUAUGAUAAAAAAGUUAACAGAAAACUAGUAUUUGAUGUUGUCAAUGAGAUUCUAGUUCGCAAAUUUGUGGAGACAAAUUUUCUGAUUCAGUGGCUUUCACAAGAGAAACUGAAAUGUAAAAAGCCAAACGGGCAGCGACUUCUUAAAGACUUGUGCUCGGAGAUUGACCAGCUUCAAGGCAACAGCUCAAGCAGUAGUCUGGAUUGGCCUAUGGAUUCGUCAGAGUAUGAACAAGAAAUCCCAGCAGUGGUGUUGGAUGUAGAGAGGUUGAUCUUUAAGGAUUUGAUCACUGAAGUUCUGAGUGAGAAAUGCCGAUUUGGUGGACAUCGCAGGCAACUGUUUCCCAAGUAGGAUAUUGCUUUUGAAUAAAUAUGUAGCCUUUUCUUACUCUAAGCCAUCUUUUAGUCCUAGCUUCCACUUUCAUAGUUAUCUUUUCCAUCCAUAUAAUUGCAGAAAAUCAUAGCAAAACUUUUACCACUUUGCUAGCAUGUAAAUCCCUACCUUAGUCUAAUGAUAGGUGUACUAUACAUUCAAUAGAUGUAAAUCUCUACCAGAGAUAUGUAAGGGUAAAAUGUAAGGUACAACCAACCAACAUGUAUAUACAACUUUAGUUCAUAAA